AUGGAUAGUACGUCAGAGUGUUGGAAGCACCGCCAUGUUUACUGGGGAAAGUGGUUGAUUGCAACUAUAGCCGUGGUCCCAAAUAUUUGGAAAUUGACGUUGAUAUUGGUUCUUCCACUGUGGCAAAUGGAGUCCUGGGGCUGGUCGUUGGCGUUUCUUGUACAGGCUAGCACGAUAGAUGAGUUACCAGAGAGGCUUAUUGGUGCCGUCCGAAUUUCUCAUUUAGAACUAUCAUCUGCUUUUGUCCCCAUACUCGAAUCAGAUUCAGCAGGGCCCAGCAAAUCGGGAUGUGAUAUGUUCAUGUUUUCUGUUCAUCAAAUUUUCUACUCCAAAAUGUAA